AUGACACAAUACCCAGCUUACACACCCACCUCGUUGGGUAAGGAACUAGGUAUUAUGUUUGCGUUUAUUGGGGCUUGUGUGGUGACGAUGGGGGUUUAUUCGGUCAUUUGGAGACGAAUCCAACUCCGCACCCAAGAAGAAGAUCUCGCCCGCCGCAAAGCAUUCAAGAAUCGCACCGCGGCGCAACCAGACACUCUAUCCGCGGCGAAUGGAUUGCAGUAUGGGGGUAGAAAUAUGAGUGCGGCUGCGGCUCCUAGGGGUGAACGGGUUUAUGGAAAGGUUGUGAAUGGGAUGGGGAAUGGGAAUGGGGAGUUGUUGUGA